AUGGCUCAUUUGGUGGUGCAGAUCAUUGGAUUUCUCUGUGGGUGCAUCGGGAUGAUUCUUGCCUGGGUGAUUACGUUUAUGCCUCAGUGGAGGGUGUCUGUCAUUUUGGAAAAUGAUGGAUCUCAAAAUUUCCGACUUGAUGGACAGUGGAUCAGUCGCUUCGAUGGCCUGUGGAGCACCUGCGUUAAUCAGGUCCAGAAUGCACAACAGUGUAAAAGCUAUGACUCCGUGAUUUCAGUCUCAACAGACAUAAAAGCUGGAAGAGUACUGAUGAGCUUUGCUGUUAUAUUGAGUUUUCUAGCAUGUCUUUUCUCCUUUAUUGGGCUGGUGCUCACUAGAUUUCAAAAUAAGUACGGGAAGCACUGCCUUAUUCUAACAUCGGGAAUCCUGUACAUUAUUAGUAUUGUUUUGAUGGUUAUUCCAGUGAUCUGGGUGACGGCCAACAUUGUUUGCCAGGCCUGUGAGCCUUACUGCAAAGGAGGAUUCAGGAUUGAGCUAGGAGAAGCCUUGUUCCUUGCCUGGCCAGCUAUUGGAUUUCUUCUUGUUGGAGGGAUAAUGUUAUGCUGGGCCUGUCCAAGUAGGCACCAACAAGAAACAUGCAUCUAUUCCACACCUCAGGAUCAUGGCGUGGCAUGCAGAGUACGUCCGACAGAUAGAGAACUUUCAGAUUGCUACAACAAGAUUGAGUAUAUUUAA